UCGAGGACGCUUUCGCAGAAUUUCAGGAAAGCGCAAAUUUUACGCGAAAAUUUCAUCUCAAAAACUUUUGAACGACCCUUUCUAAAAACCGCGAUCACAUAGUGAUUUUGUGAAUAAGUGUGUAUUUCAAAGUGACUUAGUGUAAUAUUCUGCCGAUAGUAAAAAGAAAAAUACCAGUAUUUCGAAAAGAAAAGUUAUUGUACAAGUACUAUUUUUAGAGCGUCUCUGGGAUAAUUUAUGAGUGUUUUGGAAACAUAAAUGAAACAUAUUUUGCACUUUAAAGAAUGUUAAAGGCUUAGUCGAAAAUUUUAGGGUUUCAGUGCAAAAAUGCGUUGAUUUGCUAAUAAAUUAAAUGAAUAACAAGCUCAAAUAUGACUUCGGAAGUGACACUGGAUGAAAUAGGCAGUUUCAGUGAUUUAAACUUGAGUGUUAAUUUAAGCGAAGCGUUAGAGUUCGGUUCGGAGUUGGAUAUAUUGUUCCAGCCUGAGAAUGUGUUGAUUGCACUGUAUGUGCCACUGAUUUUGGUGUCAUUAGUGACGAACAUUCUACUAAUAGUGGUGGCUGUGAAAUGCCAUUACACAAAAAGUGUAACAAACAUCUUCCUGGUGAACCUGUCAGCAGCAGACUUGCUGGUGACGGGAGUAUGCAUGCCCAUUCAGCUCAGCAAGGCUAUCACGUUGGUGUGGUUCUACGGGGAGACGGUGUGCAAGAUCGUCAACUAUAUACAAGGAGUAGCAGUGGCAGCAAGCGUCUUCACCCUCACAGCAAUGUCAGUGGACCGCUGGCUGUCUAUAUCACCGGAACCUCGGCUGCGACCUCCAGGGCGGAGGCAGGCUCUACUCCUUCUCACUCUGCUAUGGAUCGCAGCUCUGCUCAUAUUCAUACCUCUAGUCAUUGUAGCCUCUGUGAGGAAGGAGUCUGUGCCUAUAAUCUCUAAGGCUUAUAAGAAUAUUUCGGUAAGUUUAGAACAAAUAAUUUUAUUAAAAGUAAUGAGACUUAAAAAGAAUUUAAGUCGUAAAUCAAUUUUGUAUUAA